GGUCCUUCUGUCGUGCAUCCCCAGAGGAUUCUGGGGGACCGAGCCGCCUCUCCGGUUCUCGGCGCUUCCAGCUGACCUCCGGGCCCGGAGUGGUGGAUGGAGGCCCCGGUGGGGCCGGAACCGGGGGCUGGGAAGGGAGGGCCGUCUCGGCCUCCUCUGAGCUGCGCCCCUCCCGGCGUCUGAACCGGCGGUUCUGCCCCGGGGGUCCCCCCGCUCGCCUAGGGCAGGGGAGCGAGGCCCAGCCGAGAUGGCGGCGGCCUCAGCCGUGACGGCGCUGGAAGAGGAACUGAGCUGCCCCGUGUGCCGGGGCACCCUGAGGGAGCCGGUCACCAUCGACUGCGGCCACAACUUCUGCCGGGCCUGCAUCGCCCGGUACCGUGAGCUGGCGGGGCCGGACAUCAGAGCCCCCGCCCCUCUGGUCUGCCCUCUCUGCAAGGAGCCCUUCCAGGGCGACGGAUUCCGGCCCAACUGGCAGCUGGCCAGCGUGGUGGAGAACGUGGAGCGGCUGAAGCUGGCGGAUCCCGGCCGGGCGCCCGGCGCGGAGGGGCCGUGCCCGCGGCACGGGGAGAAGCUCUAUUUCUUCUGCGAGGAUGACGAGGAGCACCUGUGUGUGCUGUGCCGCGAGGGUCCCGACCACCGGACCCACACCGUGCGCUUCCUGGACGAGGCCGCCCAGCCCUACCGGGAACAAAUCGAGAAGUGCCUGGAGUCUCUGAAGAGCCAGAGGGAGGAGAUCCAAGGGAACAUCAGACGGGAGGAGCAGCGAGUCCAGGUCCUGCUGUCCCAGAUCGAAACGAAGAGGCAGAAGGUCCUGUCGGAGUUUGAGCACUUGGGCAACUUCCUGAGCGGGCAGCGCCAGCUCCUUCUGGCCCAGCUGGAAGAACUGGGCUACGAGCUCUUGACCGAGCAGGAUGGGUUCAGCAGCCGGGCCGCCCAGGAGCUCGCCCGAUUUGGGGCCCUCAUUUUGGAGCUGGAGGAGAAGUGCCAGUUGCCACCCCAAGAGCUGCUGAAGGACAUCAGGAGCACCUUGAUCAGGUGCGAGACGAGGAAGUGCAGGAAGUCGGAAGCCAUUUCUCCCGAGCUGGGAAGGAGAAUCCGAGAUUUUUCCCAACAGGCCCUCCCGGUCAAGAGAGAGAUCAAGGCGUUUCUAGGGAAACUCCUGCUUGAACUGGAUUAUGAUCCAGCUAGGGUGGUCCUGGACCCCGAGACGGCCCACCCCAAGCUCCUCCUGGGGGAGGACGGGCGCGGGGCCAGAUUCUCGUCCAAGUGGCAGAGCUCCCCGGCCAGCCCCGGCCGGUUCGACCGCACCACCUGCGUGCUGGCCCGCGACGGGUUCACGGCGGGGAGGCACGCGUGGGAGGUGGGCGUGGCCCCGGGCCCCGGCGGCAGCUGCACCGUGGGCCUGGCCGGCCAGGACGCCCCGCGCAAGGGGGAGCUCAGGCUGAGGCCGGAAGAGGCCGUGUGGGCCGUGCGCGUGGCCUGCGGCUUCCUGUCGGCCCUGAGCGCCUUCCCGGCCCGGAUCCCGCUGCGUGACACCCCGCGGCGCCUCCGGGUGGCCCUCGACUACGACGUGGGCUGGCUCUCCUUCUCCGACGCCGACACGCAGGAGACCGUCUACACCUUCUCCGCCUCCUUCACGGGCCGCGUCUUCCCCUUCUUCGGGCUCUGGGGCCGGGGGUCCAGCCUCACCCUGGACCCCUGACGGGGAGGCGGGCGCCCCCUCCCCCGCCUCCCGGGGAGACCUCCGGGCCGAGCCCCCCGGGCCGGCCCCGUGUGGAGGCAGGGGGCCGGACCGAUUGACCCCGGGUGGAGUCACGCGCCUUGUCCGGGCGGGCUCCACCCCUAGACGGCCGUGAAGGGCCAGCUAGCGGGGCGAGGUCCGGGGGCGGGAAAAUGGAUGACUCCCAGAAUUCCACGCUGUUGCUGUUGUUGUGGCCGCUGCUCUCUGGGCUGCGUGGGCUGGUACCCUAUCCGCACGGCUUGCUUGGGGCAGCUGCCGGAGGCCACCCUUCGAUCGAGACGGAGACGGAGCUGCCGGUGUUGGAUGUGAAAUCGUGCAAACAAUAAAACCUCGUUGGGCGAGGCCAGAGGGGACUGA